AUGAGUAAAAGAAACGGCAUUAAAAUCAACCAUCAGCUGUACAUUGACGAUUUGAAAUUGUACGCUGCAAAUGAGGAACAACUACUAAGAGAGUUAAAAAUUGUCGCAUCCUUCACUGAAACAAUCAAGAUGGAGAUGGGCCUGGACAAAUGUGCCGUAUUACACAUUAAAAGAGGGAAAAUCACGAGUGGAGAGGCGAUGUUGGUGCAAGACAAUUUGAAAAUCCAAAAUCUAGGCCCAGAAGAGACCUACAAAUACCUGGGAAUCCAACAAGGUUUAGAGAUAAAAACUGCAGAAACCAAAGCAAAGUUUGAAGAUAAAUUCAUGGGCAGGCUGAAAAAGAUUUUACAGAGUAAACUGAAUGCCAGAUCAAUUUUCACAUCCAUAAACCUCAAAGCGAUAGACACUCAAAUGCGAGUGCUACUAACGAAAUAUGGCAUGCACCACCCCCAUGCAUCCACCAACCGAUUAUACGUGCCAAUAAAAGACGGAGGGAGGGGGCUUCAGAAUAUUGAAUCCACCCAUCACAAAGUAGUUAAGGACAUGCGAGAAUACUUUCUAUCUAGUAACUUACCUUUUUUCAAAGCACUGUGCGAAGAGGAUAACAACAUCACGCCACUGAAUAUGGUCUCAAGAAUUCAACCCCCGGAACCACCCAACAUCAAUGAAUUGUCUGCGGUAUGGCAUGGGAAGGCGCUCCAUGGAAGAUACCCCACUGCCCUAGAAAGGAACGAAAUAGAUAAAGAAAGAUCUCUAAACUAUCUUAAAGCAGGUUACCUUUUCCCGGAAACAGAAGGCAGACUAGCAGCCAUACAGGAUCAAGUGGUUUCCACACGAGCUUACCAGAGGAGUAUAUUAAAGAAGGAUAUACCCUCUGAUAGAUGCCGCAAGUGCUCACGGACAAUGGAAACGAUACAACACAUCACAUCCUCCUGCCCCACCCUCGCUCCAAGAGAGUACACGGAUCGCCACAAUGCCUUGGCAAAGGCAUACCAUCAAGCCAUCGCCAUUAAAAAUGGUUUAAUAAAAGAACACAGCAAAAUACAUCAAUACUUACCCAAGGAGAUACUGGAAAAUAAUGAGGUAAAACUUUACUGGGACCACCCGCUCAUCACGGAUAGACCAAUCCUACACAACAGGCCAGAUAUUGUGGUGUUCUUAAAAGAGGAAAGAAGGGUGAUUAUAGUGGAUAUCACAGUUCCGGCAGACGACAACGCUGAGCGAGCAUAUACUGAGAAGAUAAUCAAAUAUCAUGAUCUGGCUUUCGAACUUAAGGAAAUAUAUAAACUUACCAGUACAUCAAUAUUGCUUCUUGUUAUCACCACCAACGGCCUCGUUGAGAAACAUCUACUUGAAAACACGAACAGGCUCGGACUUGAUGAGGGCCUCAUUGGAGAUGCACAAAAGGAGGUCAUCCUCUGGACCACAAGGAUCGUCCGAAGAUUCCUGACCAGCAGCUGA